AUGGAGGAAGAAAUGUGUGGUGUUUUAACUGAUGGAUCAGCAUUAACAAGAGUUAUUUUUGAUCUGAAUGUUGAUUCCAUGGAAACAUUUGAUGAAACUUUAAACUCGGGAACAAAAGAACAUUGUAAAUUAAAUGCAGAAUCACCUGGCAUUAUCAAUUCCGGAUCAUGUUGUAUAACUAUUGUGUUAAUAAAACAAGAAUCUGCCACGUCCUGA